AUGAUUUCCCCUCCCAUUCCGUCGCCCUCCCCUUCUCACGUUCUUUGGUCCUCGCUCCCAUUCUGUCGCCCUCCCCUUCUCACGUUCUUUGGUCCUCGCUCUCGAUUUCUCUGCUCUCCUCCCUUGGCUCUCACUUUCUCUUCUCUCUUCCCGUCGCUCUCACUGUCGCCGCUCUCCUCCCGUCGCUCUCACUUUCUCCGCUCUCCUCCCGCCGCUCUCGAUUUCUCUGCUCUCCUCCUGUCGCUCUCACUUUCUCCGCUCUCCUCCCGUCGCUCUCAAUUUCCCCGCUCUCCUCCCAUCGCUCUCACUUUCUCCGCUCUCCUCCCGUCGCUCUCAAUUUCUCCGCUCUCCCCCCGUCGCUCUCACUUUCUCCGCUCCCAUCCCGUCGUUUUCACAAUUUCCCUUCCCAUCCCGUCGCUUUCGUCCUUUCCCUUCCCGUCCCGUCGCUUUUGUCCUUUCCCUUCCCGUCCCGUCGCUUUCGUCCUUUCCCUUCCCGUCUCGUCCUACCGUCUUUCUGGUGUUCUUCGCUCCCCUCCCAUCGCCCUCGAUUUCUCCGCCCCCGUCCCAUUACCCUCGCUGUCGUCUCUCCCUUCCUAUUGCCUUCCCUCCCCCCGUAUUUCCCCUUACCUAACCCGUCGCUCUUGCUCUCUCCCCUCCCUUCCCGUCGCUCUUGCUCUCUCCCCUCCCUUCCCGUCGCUCUUUCUCUCGUCGCUCCCUUCCCGUCGCUCUUUCUCUCGUCGCUCCCUUCCCGUCGCUCUCUCUCUCGUCGCUCCCUUCUUGUCGCCCUCGAUGCACGCGUCCUCUCACACCCCCCAUCCCCCACCCCAUUGCCUUCCUGCUCCGUCACAAUUCCCGUCGCCCCCUCCCUCUCACUCCUCUCGCCUCCCCUCCGAAACACCCUCACGUCGCCCACCCCGUGUCUUUCCUCGCUUCCCAUCGCCUCCGCGCUCUCCCGUCCCGUCCCGUCGCCCUCGUGCCUUCCCUCCUGCUCCCGCGCUAUCGCACUCGCCCAUCCCAUGCCUUCCCGUCGCCCUCGUGAUCUCCCUUCCCGUCGCCUUCGCGCUCGCCCUGAAACGGCCAAUCGCGCCCUGCCUCUCUCCCUCCCAUCACCCACCUCGUCGGCCUCGAGCUCGCCACGAAAUGCCCUCUCAUCUUCUUUUCAUCUCUCACCUCCCAUCCCGUCGCCCUCCUCACGUUCUCCGUCGUCCCGUCGCCUACAUGUCCCCCGCUUAA